UGUUCGUUUUCUGAGACGAAAAAUUAUCAAUUAUGGUCAAUACUUCACACGAAAUCAUUACUGCGAUGAUAUUGCAAUAAUAUUUCGCUUAAUAUUGUUACAAAACCAUAAGAAUGUGUGAUGUUUGUUCGGAGUUUUCACAGCUUUUACUAAAUUGUGAGGCAAGAUUAACUGACGAUGUUUCCCAAUACCCAACAAUAAGCCAAUUCGAACUAGAGACUGUCCUUAACUACAUUAUUUCGUGGCCUCAACGGCAAUGCAUGUGCUGCUACCGAGAUGUAAAAAACUUUGAAAGGUUUUAUUUAGUAGUGCAGAGUAUCUUAUGUUUGUCUGUGUGUCAACUGAAGCUACUCAAAGAUGAGUUGAUAGCUGCAGCUAAGACAUCACCUCCUGAAGAGUGUGAGGAGAAGCCCCCCACCAGAACCUCCCCACCCAGCAAUGAAGAGAAAAGUGAUGAGCCUAAAGAAGAACAGGCUGCUGUUGAGCCCGAGGAGCCUAAGACACCUGUGGAGCCGAGCGAGGCUGCAGAAGUUCCAUCCACAGCAUCCAAACCUACAGUCACUGAUGAUGCAGAAAUCUGGUCAUUACAGCAAAAGGAAAAGCUCAUGGCAAUUGUCUCCAAAAUAUUCCUUUUAAAUUUCCCUUUAUACCUAGCUUGUAAACACUCGGCACUGAGUCGCUUAGAUGACCUAUCUGCUCAAGAGAUAUCAAAUUUAAGUUCUUACUGUGACCUACAUGAUACGGAAAUACCUGCAUAUCUACUUCGUAAUGUUAGCUUGUUCUGUAAGCUUGGUGGGGUGUGUGCAAUGACAUCGGUGUUUGAGCAUGCAUCACCCAGCACGCUUCCACUGUCCAUGGCGCAUGCGAUUGUGGCAGCUGUUGGAAAUCUCAAAUUAUGGCUGAACUUUCGAGCUGUGGCACAACUGUUCAUGCCCUUGAGGAGUAAAAUCUUAAAAUACAUGUGCAGUUUGGAGGACAAAGAUCUUAGAGUACCAGCUGUGAAGUCUAUGGCAGAUUUCAUGUGGGGAGCUGCAAAGGAGCCUCUAGAUGCUCCUCUCACAUUUGAUGGUGACGGUCUAGCCCUAGCCUUUAAAUACUUCAACAGUAGCACUCUGACAAUGAGAUUAGCCGGUGUAGCGCAAAUCAAUGCGCAUAUAGCUGCUCACAACGAGUUGUGUGCGGGGGAGCCUGCGCAAGAUGCCGAGGUGGCUGGACAGCAGUUGGCAACCUGGCUUACGCAGAAUAACAUCAUUGAGCAUCUGUUUGGACCUAAUCUACAUGUUGAGGUUAUCAAGCAGUCACACAUGAUCCUCAAGUUCCUGGCAGUGGAAGGGCGCGUGACGUCAGAGCACGUGGAACUAGUAUGGGCGGCAGCACAACUGAAACACUGCGGGAGACAGGUGUACGAUUUGUUGCCGGGGUUCAUACGUGCGUUAGCGCCUAAGCCCUGCUCGCAUCUGUAUAGCCUGCUGUGUUCAUUGCCGCCUAAGGAGCAUACGGAACAGAGCCUGUACUUAGCUUCAGCGCUGAUGCGUGCGAUGUGGUCCCGCGGCGCAGCGGGGGCCGGCACUCCACCGCCGGAGGACGCGCGGCUCAAGCCUGCGUGCAAACCUGGCCACUCCUCCAGCGAGGCCAGCGUCAGCAUGGAGCAGACCAACUCCGAUGACGACCCGUGUGAAGAGCUAUCCACAUCAGGCGAAGAAGCGGGCCCUACGCCGCGCAAGCAGAGCAAGCACCAGCGCGAACUCACAGAACAAGAAGAGUGGCUCCGUGAAGGCGAAGAGUUGACAAAGAAAGAAUGCGCUACCCUCAAAUCAUGUCAAAAACGUGGAAAGCGCGCCGGCAGUAGCGGCAGUGCGAGCAGCGGCGCCGAAGAACUGCUGCGGCCGCGAAAGAAGAAGCUCUACAAGAAACGGCAUAAGACCACCAAGCAAAGGCAUUUCCCGACACAACUGAAGACGGCAGACUUAGCGGAGUCGGUAUCAGAAGUAGAGGAAGAAUCAUCAGGCAGCGAGACGGCGCACUGUCAGCUCUUUAGUGAUAAUGUGGACGCCAGCAGGAGGCUGAUGGAGCUCCGCCUAAUGGAGAGCUACAACAAGCCGAGGGGAGAGGAGGAGGGCAGUGCCUCGUCCGCCAUCUCUCCUCACUCGCACCGCCUGCCCGACUUGGACGAAGACGAUUCCGCCUGCGAGGAGGAGCUAGCACGACUCGCCGCGCAGGCGCAGUGUCUCACGGGCUACGCGGGCGGAGCGCUGUCGCCGCGCGCGCGGCCGCCGUCCCCGGCCGCGCCGGCGCCGCUGGCCUGCAACGUGGACGACGUGUGCCGCGCUGGCAACACGCUGCUGUGGGACCUGCUGCAGGACGGCGCUAUAGUGAGUACUCCCUCACACUACAGGCGCAGUGGCUCACAGGCUCCUCGCGCGGCCGCCGUCCCCGGCCGCGCCGGCGCCGCUGGCCUGCAACGCGCAGUGGCUCACAGGCUCCUCGCGCGGCCGCCGUCCCCGGCCGCGCCGGCGCCGCUGGCCUGCAACGUGGACGACGUGUGCCGCGCUGGCAACACGCUGCUGUGGGACCUGCUGCAGGACGGCGCUAUAGAACAACUUGGGGAAGGCUUAGCUCUCGAGGCGGAGAAGGCGCUGUGCGCGCUGCUCUGCUUCAGCACCGACAAAUUCAUCCGAAUCAAGUUCAUCGAAGGGUGCCUCGAUAAUCUUGCCAAUCACAGGUCUGUGGCAGUCUCGCUUCGUCUUUUGCCGAAGUUAUUUUCGUCAUUUCAACAACUACGCGGAAUGGAUAUGCAUCAGGUGGUAAUGUGGGCAGAACGCGAACGCGGCAUGAUGCGGUUAUUUCUCGAAGACCUGCGUCACUACGCGUCACAGCCGCGCGCCUCGGGCGAAGCGGCGCACUACGCGCACAUCACAGAACUCACUGUUCGACUGCACUUUCUUACGGCUAUCUUCUCACCUGUUGGAUCGCCGCAGCAUUUCAGGUUAACAGUGGAUCAAGUAGAAGAGCUGUGGCAGUGUCUCGUGGUCCGCGGUACUCCAGAAUGCGCCGACUGUCUCUACUCCUGGCUGCUAUCUCACACCAAGUCGCCAGAGCAGCACGCAUUGGGCUUAGACGCGCUCCGGUUCCUGUAUAUUGAGAAGAUGCCCACCCUUGACCCUGAGACGAUAAGCAUCAUGGGCCUCAGCUUAUAUCAGCAACUGUGCAAUUUGGCGCGCAUGGCGCUCGGCACGGGCGGCACGGGAGACGCGCACCCACACACGCUCGCCAUCGACCACCUGUGGAAGAUAGCCCUCCGCGCGAAUAGCACAGACGUUUCCAUGGGCGCCAUCCAAUACCUAAACAGCUACUACAUGGGCCAGCAACUACUGCAAGAGGACGACUUCGUCUCCAAAUGCAUGUUCCAUCUCUCCUCCGCCGCCGAGAGGCUCAUAGCGAAAGAGCAGGACGGAGAAACCUCGGUACCGCCGAUGACUUGUGAAGAGAAGACGGAAAAAGCUCCGGACAAGCAAAAUAUUUAUGAGCAUAUGACGGAGGAGGCGGCGCUGCAGUGUGUGCAGAGGGCGCUGCUGUUGUUGAAAACGCAUUUGGAUACUUUUAAAAGAAGAUAUGCAUAUCACCUCCGCCGCUGGGCGCUAGCGGAGUCCGGCGCGUGGGAGGGCGCGGGCGGCGCGGGCUCCGUGCGGCUCACGCUGCAGCCGGCCGGCGCCGGGCCUCGCGCGGCGCUGAGCCUCCACCACUCCGACCUGGUCGCUCAUCUGCGCGCUCACGUGCACUGCUGGUGGGAGCGACAGGUGAGCCGAACCUUGUAUAUUAUAUAUCACCUCCGCCGCUGGGCGCGGGCAGCGUGCGGCUCACGCUCAGCCGGCCGGCGCCGGGCCUCGCGCGUCGCUGAGCCUCCACCACUCCGACCUGGUCGCUCAUCUGCGCGCUCACGUGCACUGCUGGUGGGAAUACAAGGCGAAGAGGGCGUGACGGCGCUGUCGACCGACGGCCCGCUGCGUAUGAUCACACAGGGACAGGAGCUAACUAUAGACUACGAUGAGAGGACAUUAUAUGACAUGGGGUUUAAGGAUAAUCAGCUGGUGUUCGUGUCGGUGGGCGUGGGCGCGCGCGGCGCGUGGGCGGAGUGGCCGUCGGCGCAGCCCGCGCCGGCGCGCGCGCGGCUGCCCACGCUGCUGCUGCUGGACCCCGCCUACUUCAACCACUUGUUCACGCUCAUGCAGGCGCUGGGCCGCAUGCGCGAGCCGGGCGCUACUGGGGAUUCAGUAGCCCACACAAAAGCUCAACUGUUAUCCCGGCGGGUCUGGGACAUACUUCAAGCGGUACCACUGAAUCCGACCCUACUAGAAGCCUUCCAGAACCCAAUAGAAAGCAAGCUGCCAGAGCUACUCGACCCCAACAGCCCACAGAAACUCAUGUACUCUCUACACAUCAUUGAUAAACUCAGCUCCAAUAAUAACGGUCCGCCAGCGAAAGAACCUUCUGGAAGCGAAAAGAUUGAAGAAGGAAAAGCUAAUGUGGAAAACUGGAAUGAUUUGUUCAUUAAGAAAGGCGGGCUGAGGUUGUUGUAUGACAUUAUGAUGUCGGGGGUGUUACAAAGGAGUGACGACAGCGAGUGGAGACAGGAUUGCUUGGCGUUGUUGUUGCAGUUGUUGUGUCGGAUUGGGACGCUGCCUUCUUCGGAUCCGUCGCAGACGCCUAAAUUACAUCCGUCGUUGUUAUCGUUAAUGAGCGUGGAGGAGACUACAGAAAGACUGAUAUCAAUAUUGUGCGAAGCGGCGACGUCAAAGGAACCCACCACAUACAAAACGGGGUUUUGGGGUCGAGCCCAGGUUGUGCAACAUGCGAUGCGCAUGUGCGUGUGGUGGGCGCGCGGCGGCGGCGACGCGGUGUCGCUGGCGUGGUCGCUGCGGCGAGCGGCGCCGCGGCUGCUGCUCGACGAUGCAGACCCGGCUGUUCGGCGCGAAGCCGGUGGCGCCCUCUAUAGGUUGUGCUCUCGCGGAGAAGUAGCGGUGCUGGCGCCGUUACUGCAGCUCUUGCUUGAGCACUUACCCCGCGCCGCAGACAUGCGGCAUCAGCAUCAGCAACAACAUGUCGAGGUGGUACAUCAUCACGCGGAAGAAGGCAAGGAGCCGUAUGGGCCCGCGUGUCGAGACUACUUCUGGUUGGUGUGCAGGCUGAUUGACGGACUGCCAGAGGAUUUUUUCAAAGAAGGCGCAACAUCAGAAGACAGCGGUGCUCCAGACCUAAACGAGCUGUGCGAGCAAAUCCGUUCGUCGCUCGAAAAACGGGAAAUCAUAGAAAAGCGAACAGAGCCGUGCACACCUGACGACGGCCUCUACGGUCAACUGAGUUUAUUGACGCACUUGUUGAAGCAUCCACUACGGUUUAAGACUUCCGAGCAGGGGACUAGGACGUUGGAAAUGGUGUUCUCGUUUCUGUUCGACGUGCCGAACCCGGAGCACCGCAACCUGCCUAAGUGCAAGUCGCAGAAGUCGCGCUCGGCCGCCUACGACCUGCUGGUCGAGCUGGUGCGCGGCGCGCCCGACAACUACAUGGUGCUGCAUAACAAGCUGAUGGACCAUCAUAAACCUGGCCCGCAAUCCUCGUAUCCCUGGGACUACUGGCCAGCCGAAGAAUCUCGCUCCGAGUGCGGCUAUGUCGGGCUAACGAACCUUGGAGCAACCUGUUACAUGGCGUCGUGCAUGCAGCAUCUGUAUAUGAUGCCUCAAGCGAGAGCGGCUGUGUUGCGCGCUGAUCCUGCACACAGCCGGCACGGCGCCACACUGCACGAGAUGCAGAGGAUGUUCGCGUACCUCAUGGAGAGUGAACGAAAGGCCUACAACCCCCGCAGCUUCUGCAAGGUGUACCAAAUGGACCACCAGCCCCUCAACACAGGGGAACAGAAGGACAUGGCUGAGUUCUUCAUCGACCUCGUCUCCAAGUUAGAAGAAAUGACUCCGGAACUGAAGAAGCUGGUCAAGACGCUGUUCUGUGGCGUUCUGAGCAAUAAUGUUGUGUCUUUGGACUGUCCACAUGUGUCCCGAACCCUAGAAGAAUUCUACACCGUUCGUUGCCAAGUAGCCGACAUGCGCAACCUCCACCAGAGCCUCGACGAGGUCACGGUCAAGGACACGCUGGAGGGAGACAACUGCUACACGUGCUCGCAGUGCGCGGCCAAAGUGCGCGCCGAGAAACGAGCGUGCUUCAAGAAGCUCCCUCGCAUCCUCUGCUUUAACACGAUGCGGUACACGUUCAACAUGUUGACCAUGUUGAAGGAGAAGGUCAACACACACUUCUCCUUCCCCAUGCGGCUGGAUAUGUCCGGAUAUGUUGAGAAGCAUCUCAUGCCGGCUCAGCAUCAAGAAGAGAAAAGGAAAUCUGCGGACAUGAAAAGGGAAGGUGACAGCAGUCCAAGUACAGAGUCGGAAGACAACUUGGAGACUGAAGAGCAUUACGAAUACGAGCUAAUAGGCGUAACAGUGCACACGGGCACAGCCGACGGCGGGCACUACUAUUCCUUCAUCCGUGACCGGCAACACGCGCACCACGACCGAUGGCUCCUAUUCAAUGAUGCUGAAGUCAAGCCGUUUGACCCGGCGCAUAUAGCUGCUGAGUGCUUCGGAGGAGAGAUGACAAGUAAAACGUACGACUCUGUGACGGACAAGUUCAUGGAUUUCUCGUUCGAGAAGACGAACAGCGCGUACAUGCUGUUCUACGAGCUGAGCCCGCCGCGCAGCCAGCGCGGCUCCGAGUGCGGCGCGCAGGAGGAGGCGCAGUCAUCGACAGCGGGCGAAUCACCGCAGGCGGUGGAGCGGCGGAGCGAUUCUACGCCCAGCGUUACGUUACCCCCGGACUUGCUCAAGUGGAUAUGGGACGACAACAUGCACUUUCUGCACGACAAGAACAUAUUCCAGCACGCGUACUUCACGUUCAUGGGCCAGAUGUGCAGUUCGGUGCCGCAGUCGCUGAUGACGCUUCGGCCGGAGGUGACGGAGGUGGCCGCUCGGCUGUCCACGUCAUUCUUCAUCGAGACCUUCAUUCACGCUAAAGAAAAGCCAACGAUGGUGUCGUGGGUGGAGCUGGUCACAAAGCAGUUCAACGCGUCAGCGGCCGCGUCAGAGUGGUUCCUGGGCCACAUGGCGGACGACACCUGGUGGCCUAUGCAGGUCCUAAUAAAAUGCCCGAACCAGAUGGUCCGUCAAAUGUUUCAGAGGCUAUGUAUGCACGUUAUACAAAGGCUCAGAUCUAGUCAUUGUGCCUUAUACCUGCAGGGUAUGGAGGAGGGGGAGGACAGCGCCAAGUUUGGUGAAGCGAGUUGUGUUACUAGGUUUAUAAGAAUGUUGUUAUCACUGAUGGAGAACGGAGCGCGAUCUCACCUGCGGCACCUGACCGAGUACUUCAGCCUGCUGUACGAGUUCAGCAAGAUGGGCGAGGAGGAGGGCAAGUUCAUGCUGCGCAUCAACGCCAUCGCCAGCAUGGUCAGCUUCUACCUCGGCCAGAACACCGCCACGGUGGAAUCACCAUCGGAAGAAGCAGGCGGCAGCGGAAGCGGAAGCGGUAGCGGCAGCGGGAACACAGAAAGUGCCGGCGACAAGCUAAGGCCCGGUGCUUUGGACAAAAUGGUGGCGUUGGUCGCCGGUCUGGUGGAGCGGUCGCGGGACGCCAACGGGCACUUGGCGCUGCAAGAUGCUGAUGCUAAAGCACUGCUUCAUGCAAAGGGUUUCCCGUUCAUCUACCAACAAACGCGCGACUGCCUAAGUUUACAGCAGACGCGCGCGUUAGUAUUCGCGCUGUGUCGCUGGAACGAGCCGCUCGCGCAGAAGAUCGUCAGCAUGAUCUUCCAGGCCAUCGCCAAGCACUCCGAGAGCUGCGGGUCCUUCUUCAAGUUGCUGACCUUAUUAGUCGAGGGAAGCGGCGGAGGCGCGGGUGCGAGCGGAGGGCUACCUUGCUUCACACAACUAGUUCUGGCGAGACUAUGGGACUGUGCGGACGUGUGCCCUCACGCCGCGCUAGAGUGGCUCGCGUUACAGGUCCCUCGCAACAAGGCGGCCCACGCGUGGGCGCUGCGCACGGCGGAGCGCUGGGUGGAGCCGCAGCUGCUGGCGGCGGGCGCGGCGCGCGUGCGCGCGGCGGCGGCGCUGCUGCUGGUGGCGCUGGUGCCGUCGCAGCACUUCCGCCAGGGCUACGCGCGCGCGCGCCCGCCGCCCGCCGCCCACCACGUGCCCAAGCUGCCCGACACCGCGCACCACACGCUGCACCAGGUGUACACGAUGCUGCUGGGCAAGCUGAAGGCCGCGCGGAAGUACACGGACAUCGCGGUGCACGGCACCAUGAAGCUCACGGCGUACUUCGGCGUCAUGUCGUACUGCGUCGUCAGUCGCGUCGAGAAGCUCAUGUUUGGCCAAUACUUCAACGAUCUCUGGGACCUCUACCACCCGGCGAUAUCAGAGCCCUCGGUAGCGGUUCACCCGAACAAACAGGCGCUAUUGACAUUCUGGCACGCCGUAUGCGUCGACUGCGCGGAGAACGUUCAGCUGGCGGUGGCCAACCAGCGGCUCACGAAGCAUAUAGCCUUCAAUUAUAUACUAGCCGACCACGAGGACGGCGAAGUGGUAGCCUACAACCGCGCCAUGCUGCCUCCCUACUACGCCCUGCUGCGGCUCUGCUGCCGGCGCUCGGGCGCCUUCGCGCGCUCGCUCGCGCAGCACCAGAACAUACACUGGGCGUUCCGGAACAUAGCUCCCCACGCGCACUUGUACCCCGGCGCUGCCGAGGAACUACUGAGGCUAGCACGCAUCCUGGCCGCGCGCGGCAGCGGCAGCAGCGGCAACAGCAACAGCAGCAGCAGCAGCAGCGGGGAGACGGACGGCAGGGAAGCGGCCGCCUUCCGCCGCAGCACGCUCUCCGCCUAUCUACAGGGUUUAAAUGGCAGGACGUGUUGGACGACGCUGAUAUCGGCGUUCUGCACGCUUGUUGAAAACGAGGACGACAGGCUGUACGUCGUCUACAAUGGAGGACUGCAGAUGACCUUCGAGGCUUUACACAGUUUACACGCAGUGGUAGUGGAGGGCGGGAGCGGGUCGCACGGCGUGCGGGAGGAGCUGCUGGCGGCGCUGCGCUGGGCGCGCGCGCUGUGCCGCACGCUGCGCACGCGGCGCGACGCCAAGGAGGCCCGCGCGCUGCUGCUGGCCUGCAAGGACUGGCCCGAGUGCGCGCGCCGCACCAUCACCAUGCUCAACCUGCACGCCCGCCCCAAGCAGCUGCGCGACCUGGCGCUAGGCGUGCUGCGCGAGCUGGUGAUGAUCGGCGGCGGCGCGGCGCUGGGCGCGCUGGUGCCGCUGGCGGCCGGCGUGCACGCCAGCGCGCGAGGAGCCGCGCGCCCGCGCACGCGCGCGCACCUGCACCCCUGCGCACCCAGGCCGCCGCAGCCGCCGCACCAGGCCACCGUCUACCGCCCCUACCACAAGUUUAUUGACACGUGUUGCCGCGUGGCGUGGCGACAGCGCUGCAUGUCGGAGCAGCUGGUGCUGCUGUCGGCGCUGUGCGCGCUGGAGGCGGUGCCGCUGCGGUUCAACUACUUCGCCGCCUUCUGGCACGAGGUCGCCACCACGCCGGGAGACACAAAGCUAGAAGAAAUGCUACUAGAGUGCAGCGUAGUAUCGGAGUACGUCGACGCGGUGUUUGACGAGCGAGAGUCGCUCGAGGACCCCGCCAUACACGACUUCGUGAAGCAUUAUUACCCUAAGGCGAGAUGA